AUGGCUUUUCGUGAGAUACGGUUUCGCCUUUACUCGGCACGAGGAGUCAAGAGACCAGCGCCGCACAUAGCUAUCCAUCCCGUAGCUGUGGUGUCACUGCCGGGGUUUGAUCCGACGACCUACCAGAGCAGGCGCAUGGAUGAUCCGUGCGAUGACCCCAAGUGGGACGAAACAUUCAUCUUUCAGAUUCGCGCCGACUGUGUUCGCACUGCCGCUGCGGUAAGCGCUCUCUCAGCUGCACCUAUUGUGAUUCAAGUAUUUAGCGACAGCGACCUCUCUUUCUACUGCGGCGCUGCAGUCGUCCGCCUAUCCGUGGCGCAAGCGGAAAAGCACCGCAUUCCGCUCGUCGACCAAUCAGGUGUCAGAAACGGUUACGUCAAGCUAUCAAUCGCCAUAAGUCAACACAUCAUUACCGAGCCUGAAACGGCCGGCCCAUUCCACGGCGCCCACGCGGGACUCGUCGGUGCACAUGCUGGAAUGAUUGCCGGGCCGGGUGUCCUUGUCCCGCCUCCUCUGCACGCCGGCCCCGGUACUGGCGCCUACAUGCCCGCUGUUGGGCCUUAUGGCGCGCCCCUUGCGCAUCCUGCUCCUUUCGCGGGGCUCUCACCGCCGCUGGGUUACAUGGGCGUGCCUCCGCCUGUGGCGGAAGAAGCGGGGGAAGGAUGGGAUGAGGAGAAUGCUGAGGCGGAAGAGAUGGUGGAAGAGCAUCCCCCGACUCUGAAGAGCGUUGGGCGGAGCAAGAGCUGGGGGCAAGGGCUGUUCGACGGGAUCAUGCGCCUGGUGCGGAGCAAAUCUGGACGGUUCGAAAGAGAGGAGAAAGAGAAGGAGAACGUGCAGGGUGAUGAGGUACGACAGGAGCAGUAUGAGAGCAAAGAGUGGCACGGGGAGACGGAGAAUGUGGAAGGGGGGAAGAAAGAAAGAAGGCUUAGGAGAGGAAGGAGCAUUGGGAACUGGCUCGGACUGGGAGGAGACCACGGGGAGACGUCAUUUGAUGUGGAGGGGAACGGUUUUGAAGUGGUAGGGAACGGGAACCAGGCCCAUGAUGGUUAUGGGAUGGGCUGGGGUAUGGGCUUUGCUAGCGCCAAUGAUAUGGAUAGGGUGACAGGAGCAGCACCGGGUGCGGGCAUCAGAGCCAUCGGUUAA